UCGUAGUCCCUCACCCUUCGAGCUUCGAGACUGUCUCUCGCGCUGUGUUCCGAUCUCCAUUGCCUCCGCCUGCACUUUGCCAAGCUUCACUUCUGUGUACUCCCUUGCCGGGUUUUCAGCGAUGGCGAACCUCGGGUUUGGAUUGGCUUUCCUUUUUCUGAUUUCAGUUUGGCCAAUUCUUGCCGACAGCUUGCGCUCUUCUCAUUCAACAGACGUUGAUAACAGCCUGCAAGAUCCAAAAUAUAAAAUAGAAUUUCAUCCUGCGGAGUCUCCCAUUUUUCCGACUUCAGACCAGGAGACCAUCGUUAUGACAGACAGGGAUGGGAAGAAAUUUCGGUGUAACCUACCCGUGUUAGAAAGCACCAAGCUCCUGAAUAAGGACGUAGUUGAACAGAAUGGCACUAAUACCAGCUUGGUGACGGAUAAGCGGUCUUCUCGUAAAACUCCCGAGGAUCUCCUUGACGUCCUCAAAGACAAGUGUUUUCGCAGGUACGAGGGAUGGUGGAUUUAUGAGCUAUGCUACAAGGGUCAUUUGCGCCAGUUUCAUCUUCAUGACAAGAAGAUAGUCCAAGAAUUUGUGUUGGGCACAUAUGAUGCAGAGGCGACAGCAGCUCUACAUGAGAAUUCUCCCAACAUUUCUCUUCAGAAGGACCCUCGCUCACAAAGCGCAGCACAGAGAUAUCAUGCGCACGUUUACACGAAUGGUACUGUCUGUGAUCUUACAAACCAGCCUCGUGAGACUGAGGUGAGGUUUGUGUGUUCAGAAACAGGCCGAGCGUUAAUAAAUUCCAUCAAAGAGGCACCUACGUGCAAGUACACCCUUGUGUUUGAUGCGCCCAUGUUGUGCAAGCACCCGGCUUUUCAGGAGGAGCGUCAACCGUGGGUGGUUAUUGACUGCAAUGCUAUUCCUUCCGAGGAAGUGCUCGCGAAAGAAGGGACUACCUCAGCCGAGCCUCCUAUGGAAACUGUAAACCAAGUCGAAACAGAUGCCCAUAGAGGAUCCGUGGCACCAGCCCUGCCCGAGAGCACAGACGCAUCACCACUGACGUCUCUCCCAGAAGACGUAAUCCCAUCAUCUCAGUUCAAAAAAUCCGAAGCCGAGACCGAAGUCAUGGAAGUGCCCACAGAAUCCUCAGAAGAGACCAAGGUCGCCGAAGAAGUUGCAAAGCCAUCCGACGUGAACCGGAAGGCUGAUAAGCCUGCCGCAAGCUCAGAUGGUGAAAACGAGGAGCAGAAACUAGCAGCACUUACGAAGGGUGAAGGAAAUGGUGAAGAGAAUGCUGAAGAGCUGGCACUUCCAGGACACCUAAGAGAGCAUCCUAUGGCCUAACUGUUUUGCUACUUUUAUGAGUACAAGACUAGCAUAUCCCCAAAUAAACUGUCAGGCGUGUCAUGGUUGUCCACACUCGCUAAUCAAAGAAGGCUCUCCUUGUGGUUAUGUUGUAGAGUCAAAAGUAGUGAUGCACGUGCUCUGAAUGUGAUCUUUUGUGGUAAUCAGAGGAGAUACAUUGAUCCAACUCAUCUGUUGAGAGUAUGUAUAGGUUCACAUAGCCAAACUGAAUUCGUCAGAGUGUUGAUUAUUAAUUGACAGAUGACAGGUAAUGGAGUUUUUUCUUCCGAUUUGUCUUCGAAGUUGAUCGAUCCGAGAAGCAACCUUGGUUUCAACAGUCGACCGUGGCGCUUUUUCAAUUGAAAGUCCCAUGCACUUUUUAUUUCGCCCUGAAGCUAUUAUUGCUCUUUUGUGUAUGCAAAUUGAAGUGCCUUGAAGCUAUAGGAGUGUGAGCUACCUUGUGAACGUCGACAUUGGCGCUCAAUCUAACCAACACACGGUCCAGUAAGGUGGAGAAUAACUCUCCUCACAAGUGAGAUGAGCGUUACUGGUGAGAAUCCGGCUGUGUGCUCUUCUAUGAUAAGAAGUUGAUUUGUAUGCCCGCGAGAUGUAGUGGAAUUUUACGGCAUAUGCUUGAAACAGUAAAGAAACAAGUGAUCAUGUAUGCUGUGAAAAGCUGGACAUAGAUUGUUGUAGUCGAGAUUGGAGAACCGUAUUGGAUGCGGAAUUUCUACACCUAGGAACAUGAUAACCUCCUGGUUUAACACGUCAUGGUGGCCGUUUGGAGAAAGUCCGCCCACACAUGCAAUAUAGAAUGGAGGGUCUGUCGUGUUAUUUGAGGUUAUAGCAAUCUUUGGUUUAUCAAGGGACUUUACAUCUAGAAGCCCACCUUUCUAAA